AAGAACAUCGCUAAUCAGCGUGUCCCAUUUGCAUGGGUUGCAUUGAACGCAUCGCUCAUGUUUAAUUGGGUUAGGACCGAAAGUAACCCGCUAUCCACCCCCACUCUCCCCCGUGAAACGCGGCAACUUUCGUGGCAAUUCCCUCCCCUGGUUCCAGCGGCGGCUCCGGUCCAUGCGGCGGCCCGGAGCGCGUGCCGUGCGGGAGAGUGAAGGGUGCAAGUGCGCGCGCGGGCCAGCGGAGAGCGCCGUCAGCCCGCCCUGCCGCUUGCAAGCUGGAGCAAAGAUACUCGAGCAGCUGGAGGCUUCGGUCAGAGGGAGCGAGUGAGUGAGAGCGGACGAGCGACCGGCAGCAGGAGCCGGAGCAAACUCGAGCUGCUGACUGACGGACGCUGCAUUCCACCACACUGCACUUGAUCGCAGUUGACACACGGACCUCGACCCGGCAGCUCCCUCCUCGCACCCCAGCAAGAAAUGCACUUUCAUCCUCUCGCAAUCCAAUGCAAUUAUUUUUACAAAAACCUGCAAGGAUUGUUUUGACGGUGAGAAUUAUUCGCAAGAAGCAAACUUGCAAGAGGAAGGCGAGAGCCUGACGGACGAGGGGGAGAGAGAAGCAACGCUUUGCAGGGAGAGGCGGCGGCUGACAGUGUGAGAGGAGGGUUUCACCUGCACGGGGACUGAGAGCAAGUGACAGAAGGCUCCGGACCACGUUGGCAGCGAGCCCCGCUUUACAUUGUCUCCGCUUGUCACCCCGGGAGGCGAAAGUUCCUCAUGGCUCUGAUCAUGGAACCGGUUAGUAAAUGGAUCCCGAGCCAAGUGGUGGACUGGAUGAAAGGCCUUGAUGAUUGCCUGCAGCAAUACAUUAAGAACUUUGAGAGAGAAAAAAUCAGCGGAGAUCAGCUGCUACGUAUCACUCACCAGGAACUAGAUGAGCUUGGUGUCACGCGUAUUGGCCAUCAGGAACUUAUCCUCGAGGCGGUAGACCUGCUGUGUGCUUUGAAUUAUGGGCUUGAAACGGAAAAUCUUAAAACACUAUCCCAUAAACUGAAUGCAUCUGCCAAAAAUCUUCAGAAUUUUAUAACUGGGCGGAGGAGAAGUGGACACUAUGAUGGAAGGUCCUCCAGGAGAUUGCCCAAUGAUUUCCUUACAUCAGUCGUGGAUCUUAUCGGCGCUGCUAAAAGUUUACUGGCAUGGUUAGACAGAUCUCCAUUUGCUGCAGUGACAGACUAUUCAGUUACCAGAAACAAUGUCAUUCAGCUCUGCCUGGAACUGACUACUAUUGUACAACAAGACUGCACAGUCUAUGAAACUGAAAACAAGAUUCUUCAUGUGUGCAAAACGCUGUCGGGGGUCUGUGACCACAUUAUCUCUCUCUCAUCUGAUCCACUGGUUUCACAGUCUGCUCAUUUGGAGGUCAUUCAGCUGACAAACAUUAAACCCAGUGAAGGAUUGGGCAUGUACAUCAAAUCAACAUAUGACGGUCUACAUGUCAUCACUGGAACUACUGAAAAUUCUCCUGCGGAUCGAUGCAAGAAAAUCCACGCUGGGGAUGAAGUGAUUCAAGUCAAUCAUCAAACUGUGGUAGGUUGGCAGUUGAAAAACCUGGUAAAUGCACUCCGGGAAGAUCCCAGUGGGGUCAUCUUAACCUUAAAGAAACGACCUCAGAGCAUGCUCACCUCCGCACCUGCUUUGCUUAAGAAUAUGAGAUGGAAACCUCUAGCACUGCAGCCAAUCAUUCCAAAAAGUCCAACUGGUAGUGUCGCCACGCCAACUGGUACUCUCAACACACCGACAAAACGAGACAGUUCUGCUCUGCAAGAUCUUUACAUUCCUCCUCCUCCAACAGAGCCAUACACUCCCAGAAGGCUGGGAGGUUCCAGUAUCUCUAGAAUUAACAGGGAUGAAAAAGGCAACCUUCCCAUAGAAGAGCCCAGCAGACAUAUUUUAGGCAAACCGGUGCAUAAGGGAUCAGAAUCUCCCAAUUCCUUCUUGGAUCAAGAAUAUCGAAAACGUUUCACCAUGAUUGAGGGGGACGCAAUGAUUCUCAGCUACGAUUACGACACAACCCGAUCAAGUAUUCCCGGCAGAAGAGAAAAUACCCUGACAUAUGGCAAACUAAGGCCUAUUUCCAUGCCGGUCGAAUACAGCUGGGUAGGAGAACACGAAGAUUCUAACAGACCCAAAAGGGAUGGGCGUAGAGUACUGAAGGAUUCACAGACUCACAAGUCUCAAUCUAGCAAUACCUACUCUCAUAAAAGCUCCCUAAUGAGGUAUAUGAGUGAUGAUAAGAUCCCCAUCAUUCAAGAGGAGUAUAUAGUUAAAAGAGACACGGGUAAAAGAUCCAGGAAGAAGAGUGACAAGCUCGGUAGUCCUAAUCAUCCCAUCAGCCAAUAUGGCCUGCCAACACCAGUACACCUCGAAGUUAUUCGACAGGAUUCCCUGAGUACACCUCUGCCAGAAACCAACACCAUCACUCUAUAUCACACAUUUCAGCAAUCCUUGGGACAGAAGUCCAAAAAAAGGAACAAAGAGAUGCUACCUGAGAUACUCCCGCAUUUUGUGUCCAUCCCAGGUACUUUGACAGCAAUGAGCAGAAGAAGAAUUUCUUGCAAGGAUCUGGGUCGUGGAGACUGUGAAGGGUGGUUAUGGAAAAAGAAGGACGCCAAGAGCUACUUCUCGCAGAAGUGGAAAAAGUACUGGGUUGUACUGAAAGACGUCUCACUAUACUGGUACAUGAACGAAGAAGAUGAGAAGGCUGAGGGAUUUAUCUGCCUGUCGGAGUUCAAAAUUGACAGAGCGAGUGAAUGUCGGAAGAAGUAUGCAUUCAAAGCAUGCCAUCCCAAGAUUAAAAGCUUUUACUUUGCAGCAGAUAACAUGGAUGACAUGAACAGGUGGCUGAGCAGACUCGGUUUGGCUACAGUGGGAUAUGCAGAAAAAGAGCAACGACUCAGACAAGAUCAAGAUUAUUGGAGUGAAAGUGAACAAGACGAGGCGGACACCCCAUCAACACCCAAGCAAGAAAGUCCACCACCUCCUUACGACACCUACCCUCGACCGCCUUCAGUGAACUGUGCCAGUCCAUAUCUUGAGCCUAAACAUAACAGACUGUCCUCAACGGAGACAUCUCAUUCUCACUCGUCCCAUGAGGAAUUCCGGCCGGAACCUGCAGCAAGUACGGAAUCACCUGCUCGUAAACCAGGGGCUUGGGAACGCCGGUCGUGGCAAGAUCUAAUAGAGACUCCACUGACCAGCUCAGGGCUGCACUAUCUCCAGACUCUUCCACUUGAGGAUUCUGUGUUUUGUGAAGCAGGCUUACCAACACCAGAACAUCGGAGACUGUCAACUUUGCCAGCCCAACGGUGCCAGAUCCAGGAUCACUAUGGACCAUUCCCUUUGGCAGAGGGUGAACGAUGGCCGGGGGUCAACCUUGGAGGGGGUAAACCACGCAGUUUCACACUACCUCGAGAUGGUGGGUUCAGUCAUUCCUGUCAGAGCUCCGCAAUCUGUCUCCCCGGAGCUCAGGCUGAACUGGUUCAGAAGCAAGAAAUCGAAGAGGAAAAGCCAGAGGAUAAAGAACCUGCGCCAGAGGAAACUGGGGACUCUUUGCAGGAUUUGUACAAGGCGCUGGAGAACGCCAGCGUGUCUCCUUUAGGAGAGCAUCGCCUUUCCACCAAACAGGAGUUCAAGAGGUCUUUCCAAAAGAGAUGUGACAACCCAGUCAUAAAUGAAAAAUUGCACAAGCUUAGAAUUCUAAAGAGCACAAUUAAGGCAAAAGAAGGAGAAGUCGCGAUUAUAGACAAGAUCCUAGACAAUCCUAGCUUGACAUCCAAAGAAUUCCAAGAAUGGAAACAAACCUACAUUGAUCUUUUCGUGGACAUCUGUCAGAACAAUGGAACCAAGGAAUCAGUAAACGAUGCAAGUGAACAAGCUGCACCUACCCCAACGCCCCCUUUGAUGCACACCCACUCUUACAUUGAAACCCAUGUUUAAAUAGUUUCUAGGCAGGCCUUGUAAUAAAUGUAAUAAUUUUCAACUGCUUAUUUCAUACCGGUGAGUAAUGAUGUAAGUAUCUUGUUUGUAUGGAAAUUCCAGUAUCAUUCAAAUGUUUGUCGGCUUUGAAUUUGAUUCUGGGGACUUGGGCACAUUUUUUAGUUUGUUUUUGGGGAUACAAUUAUUGGGAAUACAAUUUCCCUUCUUCUACUUGGAUGUUCUCAUAUCGCCAGGGGGUGUCGUGAAAACAAUUUUGUGUGAUUUUUAUUGCGGUGUAUCAGUAUGAAAAUGGCACUUUUGUUUUAAGAUGUCUUCCUCACUCAGAAUGAAAAGUAUACACUUUCAAAUGUAAUGAUAUAAUUAAGCAAGUACAACCAUUGAGCCCAGGAGGAAAUGGGGCUCGGAGAUUUUAUUUUAUUUGUUCCAUCAUGUUGCACUUGAUUAGCUGAACAAAUGUGUUGUCUAAUACGAGGAGAUGAAUAGAAACGGCUGUUGUUGUGGCUAUAUGCCUACCCCUUCCCCCAUCAACCACUUACAAUAUGUAGAGAAUGGGGGAUGUUUCCCUGUUUCUUCUCCAAUUGCCGCCAAAAUUAUGUUCCCCGCCCACAGUAAGGCCAAUUUUACUUCUGUUCACCUGGCUGGUCAAGGCAUCAGAUGUUAGAAAGUCAAAACACAGCCGUUCCAGCUCAGAUCCGGCCUCACUUCACAAAACCCACUGAAACAUGGAGAAGCUAAGGUGUAGGCAAAACCCUGACAGCUCUUACAAGGUUGUAGUGGGCAGGCAGUGCUGCUCCACCCACAUUGUCAACGGGUCAAACAAGAUGUGACUCAGAAAAAGGUGUCUUUUUUUUAACACAUUGGGCCAAGAGAAAGAGAGUGCUCUUCUGGGAGUUGAGAAAAAACAUGCUGCUCUUUUGUUUUUUGUGCUUUUCAAGGAUAGCGUUCCCACCCCUUAAUUCAACGGUGCUGACUAUCAGCGAUUCCUCACUCUCCCAAACUCAACAGCAUGCAUCAGGGCAGCUGCAGCCCACCGUCAGAAUGGAAAUGAAGCCUCUAUUUUACUUGGCGUUGUGCCAGUAACAGCGGGUGGUACAUCGCACUGGCUAACUGUGUUCCACACAUAGUAUGAUUGCCCAUUGCACAUCACAGUUUGCCCAGUGCUCUCGUGCUCCCUCUCACACUAGCCUGCACUUUACCCCACUGAUCUCCCAGCUCUUCACCCUUUGCCCAGUCCUCACUGCUUCCCACCAUUCCGUGCCCACACCCCAACAUGUGCAUUCCAUGCCCGCACCCCCACAUCUGCAUUCCUGCGCUGCCCGUUCACUGCUUGCACUUUGCCCAGUGCCCUCCUGCUCUCCAUACUCUUCCCAGCCUCCGACUUCUGUGAAAUUGGUCUUAUUCAAAUAAAUGUAGGAAUGCGCUUGAAAGAAUAAGCCUUGAAUAAAACUCUUUAAGCUGCAAUCAUCGCAAACCAAAUUCUGAUUGCAGAAAAAUGUGCAAUCCAUACUAAAUUACAUUUUUUUUGUUUUUGAAGCUCAACAUAAUACUUUACCGUACUUUUCAACGAUUUUGUAAAAUUCAGGCAAUACUGCAAAAAAUUGUAAUUAAUUCUGACUUUAGCGUAGUUUUGUUCAGAGAUACAGCGCAGAAACAGGCCCUAUGGCCCACCGAGUCCGCGCCGACCAGUGAUCACCGCACAUUAACACUAUCCUACACACACUAGGGACAAUUUUACACUUAAAUAAGCCAAUUAACCUACAAACCUCUACGUCUUUGGAGUGUGGGAGGAAACCGAAGAUCUCGGUAAAAACCCACGGGGAGAACGUACAAACUCCGUACAGGCAGCACCCGUAGUCGGGAUUGAACCCAGGUCUCUGGCGUUGUAAGGCAGCAACUCUACCGCUGCACCAUCCUAAUUGCCGAUUUCUACUCUAUUUGCAUCCCAUUCAUUCUGCUCUUUGGUGCAACUGACCCAAUCCACCUUCAAAACUAUCAUUUUAACAAAAUCUGUAAUUUCCUGGUGAUUGAAUAAUCAGGCUUUUAAUUGUAGCACAAUAUAAUUAUUGUCCAUGCUCAUCCAAGUCUCAUUUUUCUUUACAACAUAGCAAGACGUUGUUUGGUGCAUCAGGUGUAUACAUGAUUGUUCUCCGAGCUACUCAUUGUCCCAUUUCCCACUCUUUUCCCUGCAAUCUAUUCUAAUAUGCUCGACAAUUUCGUAGCCCCCUCCCCCUUGAUUCUUUGACUAACCACCUAUACUAGGGGAGAAUUUACAAUGGCCAUGUAGCCCACAAACCAGCAGGCAAAGGAAAGUGUACAAACCUUUACACAGACAACACCAGGGUCAGAAUCGAGCCUGGGGUCACCAGAUGUGCAGUAGCAGUACCAUCCCCAGCACUAAUAUGUGCCCCAUUCCAAGCCGACAAUAGCAACAUUACUAACCUGCAGCAGUGGUCAAGCUCAGCCCCUGAGACUGGGGAGUGCUGCAAGAAUGGUGACCUCCAUGUCUUCCCACCCCACUUCACUGAACUCUCAUUUUACCUGCAGUGUUAUGGAGAUGUGCUUAAUAAUCAGAGCAUGGUAACCACUUAGAAGUAGAUUAAACAUGGUUGAUUCAAGUGAGUACAUCAGCCAAAGUGGGGGGAAGGAGGGUGUUUUGUGGUGAAUAUUGUCAGAAAACUUAGGCGACAAUCUAACUCUGAAAACAAACUUGUACCUUCAUGCAGUACAUUACAACAAUAGUGAACAUUAUGGGGUUCUUAAAAUUAUGAACAAAUGUAGCUAAAUCCUGUCUUGCCUUUUUCAGCAAUGAUCUCAUUGCAAUGUAUUUGCAUUUAAAUAAGGAUGACAUUAUUUUACUGGCAUCUAAAGCCCAUAAAUCUCACUUGGGUUAGUCUGCAAGUUAUCAAGGUCAUUUGGUUGCAAUACCAUGGAUAUUGUGCAUCCCUUUUCAAAACUGGGUGAUUAAAAUUCCCCUUCUGUCUUUCUAGACUGCGCGAUUAUGCAUUUGUUAUGUUCAUUGCAUCUAUAAUUUUACACAGUAUUACCCUGGCUAAAAAUAGUGAAUUCAGUGGCUAAAAAUAAUGUCUUGCCUAAUUCAGAAUAUACACAAAACACUGUCUAGAGCAGCUUGAUAGUCAAAGGAUCGUUGUUGUAUAGAGUGUUGGAAGAAACUUCCUGCCACCCUGAGUAAAAUAUGAUCCAGAUGUAAUGACCAGAAUGGCCAUAGUAAUUGCUAAUGGUCAAUUGGUACAGAUGUUUAAAUGAUGCCAUUAAACGGUGUUGAGAUCAUUUCUUAGCAGCAUGUGGGAUAAUGCUUAGAUUGACCAGUGCAUGCUACAUUGAAGUCAAAUCAAAUUAUGAAAGACCAGAACUACAUGAACUGCUUCACAUUUAACUCAUUAGGUUUAUUGAAUAUUACAAAUACAGCUCGCCUACAGUGAAAUGAUUGUGUUGAACCUAUAUUGUAACUGCAGCUUGCUUUUCCUACUAUGACUAUGACUCUGGAGAAAAAAACGAAUUUAGUAUAAAUAGAUUAAAAUGAGGAUGCUAACAUGCUUUGCGUAAGGAACACAUUCUGCAUGAAGCCAUACUGCACUGCCAACUCUGCAAUUAAUUGUAUGAGGUGCAAGAUUUUGCAAACUGUCCAUUAAUUUUUUGUCUUAGUCUUCAUUGAGAUAGGAGUAGCAGAACUGCUGAAUGUGACUUUCAUAAGAUAUAUGAGGUACCACAUCAAGGCUCACAUUGCCUUAAGCUUGAAUUUUUCACGUUAUUAUUAAUUGCAGCUAAGAAAGAACAUGACAUGAAAUAGUUCCGUGUGAUAAUACUUGAUACUGUGUCACUCCAGCGGUGUUUAAG